AUGACAGAUUUGAAAGUUAUUGGCGCUGGACUGGGUCGUACUGGAACUAAAUCCCUGCAGCAAGCGCUUGUUCUCUUAGGAUUUGGACCCUGCCAUCAUAUGACAGAAUUACUCCCUGACAAUCAAGAGCAUUUGUGGCCAAUGUGGAAAGAGAUAUUCAGCAGCAGUGAGGACAAGAGUGAAAAACUGAAGGAAGCCUUCAGGGGUUAUGUGGCUACUACGGAUUACCCUGGCUGUUUAUUUUAUAAAGAGUUCCUUCAGUGGAAUCCUGAUGCUAAAGUGAUUCUUACUGUGCGAGAUAAUCCUGAGAAGUGGGUUGAAUCUGUUCGAGCGACAAUUUUCCCCGUCAAAUCUACUAAAGAAUCUGAUUCCAAUUCAGCACGGCAGGAAUUUAACGAUUCCUUUAACGCUUGUGUGACAAAGGUUCAUGGUGUUGACCCAGAAGAACCAGAAACUAAUUUACGGAAGUUUUAUUUAGAUUGGAAUGAAGAAGUGAAAAGGAAUGUCAAGGAAGAAAAUUUGUUAAUUUUUAAUGUUAAAGAGGGUUGGGAUCCUCUAUGUAAGUUUUUAGGUGUUACACAGCCUGAGCAGCUAUUUCCUAAUGUGAAUUCCAGUGAGGUUUUCCAAAAAGAAGUUGCAAAGCGGCGUUUAGCCAAACAAAACUGAACUUCAGUUCUGAUCUGGAGCACAAAUAACAGUCUUAUUAACCCUUUGAGCCCUAAGAGUGAUCAGUAUCAAAUUUCUGCUUGUAAUACCAAUGCUAUGUUAAACAGAGUGGUCAUGAGAAUUACGGACAUGAUCACACAAGAUGAAUUUGCUUGAUAUUUUAUCAACUUCUCCCCACUACUUCUGUAGGAAAUGAAUAGGGGCAACAAAUGAUAAUUCAAAUUUUGAUCGUAGGGUUUAAAGGGAUAUAACAGUGUUAGCCUGCGAAUAUAGCCGUCUCUCCUCGCUUCUCGCCGCUAGGGACGAUGUCAGCCUCCUCCUCAGGUGCAUAGUUUUCCGCAUGGUAGAAGCGAGCGCGAAACGCGAGUGACUGAUGAUGAACCACAAGGGACCAUGGGAAGGGUACAGACGGAAGGUUUAGACUGUCGUCCCCUUCCCGCCUUCCUUUGCGCGCCAAUUUUCAUCGAGAGAGAGACGUCUGGGUACAAGGCAGGGACGAUUUCGUCCUGGCGAGGAGCGAGGAGAGACAACAUAAGAGCAUGAAUGAGGUUUAGGCUUGGGAAUCGUCAUUGUCAUUAUCAUUUUAUUUGAUAAGGUUGCAUAAAACGCCAGUAAGAAUUACGGGUGUACGUAUGUGCACUCGUAACUUAAGUGAGAUGCAUUAAAUUACUUAAGUGGUCCGCUUAGGGAUUUCAAUUAAGUAACUGCACUUACGAUUUUCGUAAGUGUUCACCUAAGUGUCGUUCAUGCAAAAGAAAUCGCGGGUGUUGUAUAAAACUUUUUUUUACGGGAAAAAUAGCACGUAAAUUUACGAGACCUGUGUAGCUCCCGUAUCCUUACUGUUUUUAACAAAGUUAAUGAGAUCCUUCACUGAGAAGUGAAAAAAGAGGUUUUUCUUUACGUAAUUCCGAUCUAAUGCGCUUUGUAAACCUAUGAUGUACACUUUAAAGCUGUCGGUAAGAAUAGAGAAGAACAACAAACAUUUCCAGUGGAUAUUGAAGUAAGUAACGAUUGCAUGCAAACUUAAUUUCAAUGAGAGGCUUUUAAGUAUUCGUGUGCCCUUAAGUGAGCCCGUUAGUUACCGGUAACACGUAAAACAGAAACUUACGAGAAUGCUAAGUGUGUUCCAUGCAACACCUGUAAGCGUACCCAUAACGGAUUCGUUAGUGACCUACUUAAGAGAGCACUUAAGUGCAGGUUUUAUGCAACCGGGCCCAGGUCCCCUUAAUCUUUCACUACUUUGAUUAUCAUACACUUAAAACAUUUCUCCGCUUCUGACAGGCUCAAAUCCUACGGCUAAUUUUUCAUAACCAGCCGGCAUUGACCAAAUUUGGAAGAAGUUUGUGAGAUCCAGAAAAUGACCUAAAUAAUACAGUGUAAUCGCCAGAAAAAGUGACAGCAACCGAGAAUCAUCCCUUGGGAUGAAGUUGCGUUUUUAGGUAGAGGAGAACAGACAAUUCUGUUGAAUGGAAAGCGCCCCUCAUCUCAUAAGGACAGCUAGCUAGGCAGUUGUGAACGAGGAUUACCAAAGUAAUAAUAACAACAUGAAUGCAAAAAAAAUGAUAAAUAAAUUAACACUUGAAGUGUGGUUACAAGCUGGGCAUCUCGGACACUUGGGGGCCUGGCAACUGGCUGUUUUAUAUGAAGUUAGCCAGCCCUGACAGUCGGGUUGGCCUGCUUUAUCGGGCCUGCUCGGCUCAUACCCAUCCAGGAUAUAGUUUCCCAAAUUGUUGCUGUGUAUAAAAGAGAUAGCUCGGUUCCAGGCUCCGAGAUAGUCGGGUCUCCUGGAAUUGAGAAAGCACGAAUCGCGUACCUUUCACUUUCGCGUCUUCCCACUAUCGGAGAACCUGGAACAAGAUAAAAAGGUGAAAAAGGAAACGCGGGCCGACCCGCACGCCGUUAUCUCGGCCCGAGAAAUUUAACGUGGCCGGCCCGAGUAACAGGGUUGCUCUACCUAUGCGUCGCUUCAACUGAAACCGCCCGAGUCGUCACUGCUUUUGUGCCACAGAAAUACAGGACAAAAAAGGCCGGAAAUUCUAUUUUUCUGUUGUUGGCUUUUCCGCUGGAAUACUAUUUUCAGAGCCCGCUGUGUUUGCAGCACCAGAACGAAUGGAUGUGCUAUAAAUAAUCACGUGGGCGGUUAAGGAACCUGUAAGUGUUUUUACUUUAUUGAAAGAGCACUGAAGAGCUGUAAUGUUGCAGACCUAAAAGUUUACGCAAACGUGACGCAGCUUUAAAGCGACUUGGCGUGAAGUGACAUAAUGACUUUUGUAAUCCACAACAGAAUUUGGGCAAUCAUAUUUAAAUAAUCUACACAUCAGUUCAAAAAAAACAUUGCUAAGUCAGAAAUAGUAGUCAGUCAAUAUUCGGCUACGGGGCAAAUUUUAAGAGUAUAAUUAUUCCGGAGCCAAAUUUGGGAGUCUUUGGUUUAAAAUGGUGAACUCCAAAUCGGAAAAUCGGGGGGGGAAACGGAGGCAAAUUCGCCAGUUUUCCCUUGCGAACAAAGAAUCGACUGAAUUUAUAAAAUAAGACCACCAACACAAUUUUUUCCAUAAGAAAUGCGCUUAUACGACUGCCGAAAUAAAUCGCUUAAACUUAGUUUGCGAGUUUGUGUUUUACGCUACGUGACUAGAUACGUCCCCGGCUUAUAUAUUUAACGGCGCAGAAAAGUAAAAUAGAUCUCAAGAUUCUUUAAAUAAAUCGCACGUACGCAGGAACCGAAUACUAUGCUAAUUCAUAAAAGUUUGUGGCUCUCGUUUCAACGUAAAAGUACAAAUUUAAUUGAGGUAGUAGGCAGCCUAAACUAGCUACGAGAAAAUCGCACAAAUCAUAAGGUUUUCAAAGGCUUUUGAAAAACAUGCCCUACUUUUUUCUUUCUUAGCUUCGUGGACAAAGUUUCCCGAUGAUGUUAAAAUGACCGGGGACGAGAUCGAAAUGUCUUCUGCGAAAAUGCUUUUUGACUAUAGCAAAAUAAAUUUUACAUGCUCAUUAAAAAAGAUUGUUCUUUCUAAUUUGUCCUUACGGUGAAAUUUUUUCUGAUUAACACCUACACCCGUUAUAGCUUUCGCUACAUUCGUGCCUUUGCAAGUUUAAAAUUAUCAAGAAAAAAGAUUUGAUCAUUUAAUAUGCUAAAUUAACACAUCCUUACUGCGUCACCGCAAAAUUAUUUGGCUACAUUGGCAUUAGCUUGCGAACCACAGACGUAUUUCCGGUCGUCGCUUCUCUUCCUCGUUUUAAAAAAACUCUGAGAGCCAAAAAAACCGGAUGCUCUUGCAGGCAACAUUGGCAGAGAACUUAGUAAAGAAGUUCAAGGCCGCUCAUGAAUCCCCUCUUAAGAGUUGGGAGAGGGCAUCGCGUUAUAAAAUAAAAAAGGGGCUUUCUGAAGAGCCAGAAUAAACUUAAAACGUAGAAAGUUCAGCUCUUUGCGUGCAUUUAAUAGUCAAUGUAGUGGUUGUGGGAGUUUGCCGAGGAUCAGCGAGGAUGGCAUAAGCGCUUAUGAGCCUGUCAUGGAUUAUGGACCUGUAUGAAAUGUUCACAACAUUAAUUACAUAAAAAUUAUAUUUUUAGUACAUCGCACUCAAAAUGUCACUAGGUAAUAGUGCUAAUGACUGCACUAAAAUUACUCGGGUAUGACAUAUUUUGAGAUGCUAAUGAGGUAAGAUUGCAUAAUUAUGUACAACUGUCACUCAAAAGGGACCGGCCUGUCUGUGCCCCUUCUGGAGUGAACAGCGGGACACCAGCCGGAGACUGCCUGCCCCGCUGUUCGACCGGUGAUCUCGUACCCAGAUCUCUUGUCAGUUUAGGUACGUGUGGUCGAGUUACGCACGUCCGGUUCUCGACGUCCUUUGGAUCGGAGAGGCAGAGUCAUAGAUGCUGGAAAGUGGUGAGUUAAUUUGAAAAUAAUACUUUGUUACCUUUCGACUUUCAAGGUAUCUUGGUUUUAUAAUCUGGAGACUUAUAUACAAACGGUGUAAAUAGAAUAGUGCAGUAUUCCUCUCCUUCUCAUCUUAAUUUAAGCUGUGUACCGCCCACCCAUUCAAUUGUUCUCUCAGUACUUUUGUUGUUAUCUUUGAUCCUUUUUUUUCUUAUGCCCUGAGUAGCGGCUUAAAGUUCAAUGAACUCCACGUAGGUUACAAACAAGUAGCUUACAAGUCCUCUGCCACAAUCCAGUGAUCCUUACAUUUGCUAAAUUAUAAGCGUUAGUCAUGAUCUGCUCUCAAUGAAUCUGCAUUCAUUUCGUGCAUGCUCCUGGUGUAGAUAAAGUUUUCAGGGUCGCAUUCCUGUUUUGACUGCUUUUGCGCUGUCUCUAAUAAAGAAUAAAGUCUCUAAAAUAAAGGAUAGGAGAUGAGUUUUGAAACGAUUUGAACGACCUAGCAUUUCCUCCAGCAUAAUAUUAAUCCCCGUGACCAGGAGCCCCUAGUCUGUUUCACAGCCAACCGUUCCUUGUGUACGUGGCAGCGCCGGUUAGUUUCUUGGUCCGUACUUAUAAAGCGCGCAAUUCAAACACACAAAGGGGAAAGCAGGUGCCGGCUUUGAACGCUCUAGUUUUCCGUUUUCAACGUUCUCUGACGAUGCGUAGAAUUCUUUUAGACUGCAAGCAAUCUCUUAUUUUUCUUUGCAAAGUUACUGCACGUAAAGUCCAAGCACCCGAGCGGCGAAGCCGGGGCCGGGAGCCGCGAUAAAAAGAGGGCGUCUCGUCCCAAUCCGUUAUUGUAACAUAACUUCGUGGUUUGCAAUCGGGCUGGCUGAGAUAAGAACUAGACGGAUUUUAAGACAAUAGGCGGACUGCAAGCAGUCUAAAUUCUUUUGACUAAGAGCGCCUCUUGGGAGUUAGCCUGUCACCACGAUUUCAGAAAUAUGGAUACAUUUCGAGGCGUUUAGGCUUUCUGUCCACGCAAAUACGUUAAGCGUUUUCAUCGAAAACGCGUCGAUUUGAAAACGCUCUCGAAAGUGGACCAAACGAAAGCGCAUAGAGUUGUGAAUAAGCUUUGAUGGAUUGUGCUGGCAUAAUUUUUGGCAUAAUUCCCGUCGUCACUACGAUUUAGAAGCAUUAUUUUCAUGUAUUUCCUGAAAAACGCACUUCUAGCAUAAUUUGCACUUUUGGCUAGUUUCUCAGCACGGAAAUUGUCCUUUUUUGAGAAUGCAACCAAUCAUUUUUGGCCUGAGAUAAGUGUUACAGGCAAAUUUAAGUAACGUAAUUAAAACUGAAUUAGCAAUAAAAUUUUUUUGCCUGCUUAUAGUCACAUUCAUGGGACCCGUGGGUCCAACAAGACUUUUCCCACAGGACUCGACGGAUCCGCAAACCUGACUAACUCGGUUACCCAAGAUAUAGCGUCUGUGUGCUUUUUUUUUUUUUGAGUUUUUGUACUUUUCAGAGAAUGAAUUAUGACUCUUAAAAGUUUCUAGAUGUAAAUGAAGUAAAUGUGUUUGCCAUUUACUUGUACGUUGCAUAGUUAUUGAGACAAAAGAAGCAAGGUUGAUUUUACAGUCGGGAAUAUAUAUAUGUUUUUUACCAAUAUUUCGGAAGGCAUGGCCUUCCUUCUUCAGGGUCUUACGUACAUAUAAUGAAGAGGUUAAGCUGAAAUAAAGAAUAGCGUGCAAUAUGGUACUAUAAUUUUAACACGUGAAAAUUUAAAUGAGAAAAAAGUGAACGUUGAAAGCAAAAACCGUUGAAGUAGUGAUUGGAAAGAAAUUUGAAAAGUAAAAAUAGCAUAAAUAAAUGAUAACAAGUAGGAGAAAUAACUGAACGACUGUAUUACAUUUCAUCUUUCUUAUUCAUACCUAAUGGUUCAAGAGUUUUACCUCUCUCGAUGAGGCAUGCUUCUCUAGCUUUUCGUACACUGUCUCUAUUCAGUAGAUUUAAUGAGCUCUAGUGGGAGCUUUCUUGGGGAGCAAGGGAUGGCGCAGUGGUGAGAGCGCUCGCCUCCCACCAAUGUGGCCCGGGUUCAAAUCCCGGCGUCGACGCCAUAUGUGGGUUGAGUUUGUUGUUGGUUCUCUCCCUUGCUCCGAGAGGUUUUUCUCCGAGUACUCCGGUUUUCCCCUCUCCCCAAAAACCAACAUUUCCAAAUUCCAGUUCGACCAGGAAUAAGUUAGACGAAGAACUGACUUUGUGGAUGUGCUACCGCUAAAUCAUUAUUUAUUUAUUAUUCAUUUAUUUAAGUGUGAUGUCGUUAGCAGGCUAGAGUGAUCAUAAGUAAGAAAGUGUUCUGAGACUGUGGUAUAAGUUUGGAGAUAUUAGAUGGGUUGUCAACUGGUUGAAACGGUCUUUGAGUCGUCGUUUGGUUUCACCUAUGUAUUGUUUAGAGCAGUGGUUGCAUUGUAUCAUGUAAAUGACGACUUUGGAGUUAGACCCUGUUUACAUGGAGUGGGGGACCCCGGUCUAGUGGGGUAGGUUUCUUUUGUUUUGUGUCCUCCAGAGCGUGAAAACAAAAGAAACUAACCCCACUAGACCGGGGUCCCCCACUCCAUGUAAACAGGCCCGUACAGUCAAUGUGAUUAGUGAUAGGUGUGGUUUCGCCUGUAGCGUGGAAUGUGUAUGAAGUUUGCCCGUCAGAUAUGUAUUUACAAGUGAGACAGUUUGUUCCGCAUGGGUAUGAUCCCUGGGGCUGGUUGUGUUGUGUGAGAUUGUGGAGUUUGGCCCUAACUAGAAAAUCACUGAGGUUACUACUACGUCUAUAAGCUACAAUGGGUACAGCUUUAAAGACGUUACAGCAACGGGGGAAUGAAAUAAGGAUGUGAAACUGUUUGCGAAUAAUGGAUGAGAUGGAACGAAGGGCUGGGUUGUAGGUGGUAACAAAAGGGAACACGUUCUGGUUUGUCCAGUAUUGAAGUGUUAUGGGGCGUGAGUGCUUCUGCCCGUGUGAUGUUGUUAACUCGCUGUAUUUCCGUUGAACGAAAUAGCGGUUAUAGCCAAGUUUGUAAAGAUAUUCAAUAAGUUCAUUGGUGCGUAGUGUGAAGAUCUCAUUGGUUGAACAAAUGCGGCGGAGUCUAGGAGCUAGACUGAAAGGAAUAGCACGUUUGGUGUGCAUGGGAUGACAUUACUGAUUGUAGUAAGUAUUGAUGUUUGUCUGUAGGUUUGGUGUAAAGGUCAGUGACGAUUUUGCCAUUGUGAAGUGAAAAGUUGGCAUCGAGAAAGAGUAUGGAUGUGAAGGAAUAGUCGCAUGUGAAUUUUAUGGUGGGGUGAAUGUCAUUGGGAGAGGAAGUGAAUGUGUUAAGGUCCUGUAUUUACGGGCUCAUUCCAAAAACCGUAAGCACUGGGGUCGAGAAUGCCCCUCAUCCCUUCUUAUCGCGCAAGUUUAAAACGAUGACCGAAAAUAUCGCAGGCACGUGAGUUUGUAGCAAGUGCAUAGGGUUCAACUUACGUCAUAAAGUCCUACUUCAUCGUUUUUUCAACGUUUUAGUGUGGACAGUCGAAUCUGCAGCAAAACGGUAGUGUGGACACAAAGAGCGACGCCUUUACGAUGACAACGAAAACGCUCACUUUUAAAAACGCGUUAGUAUGGACAUCCAUAGCAUAGGUAGCUUUGCUGUAAAUUACUUUUAAAACAAAACAAUAAUGGAUUAGUUAAAAAGAGCGCACCAUUGUCCUCAAGUUUAUUAGUUGAAACAUCAACAUGCUUAUUUUAAACUACCAUGACUUAAAAUAAAGACUCUUUACCUUUACUUUCUAUUUAGAUCAUGACAGAUCUGAAAGUUAUUGGCGCUGGACUGGGUCGUACUGGAACCAAAUCACUGCAGCAAGCGCUUGUUCUCUUAGGAUUUGGACCUUGCCAUCAUAUGACAGAGACAGUCCCAGAUAAUCAAGAGCAUUUGUUAAUGUGGAAAGAGAUAUUUAGCGACAGUGGGGACAAGAGUGAAAAAUUGAAAGAAGCCUUCAGGGGUUAUGUGGCUACUACAGAUUACCCUGGCUGUUUAUUUUAUAAAGAGUUCCUUCAGUGGAAUCCUGAUGCUAAAGUGAUUCUUACUCUGCGAGAUAAUCCUGAGAAGUGGGUUGAAUCUGUUCGAGCGACAAUUUUCCCCGUCAAAUCUACUAAAGAAUCUGGUUCCAAUUCAGCACGGCAAGAAUUUAACGAUUCCUUUGACGCUUGUGUGACAAAAGUUCACGGUGCUGACCCACGAAAACCAGAAACUGAUUUAAGGAAGUUUUAUUUAGAUUGGAAUGAAGAAGUGAAAAGGAAUGUCAAGGAAGAAAAUUUGUUAGUUUUCAACGUUAAAGAGGGUUGGGAUCCUCUAUGUAAGUUUUUAGAUGUUCCAGAGCCCAAGCAACCAUUUCCAAAUGUGAAUUCCAGGGAAGCUUACCUAAAACAAAAUGCAAAGCAUUUAGUUAAAAAAACUGAACUUUAG